AUGGAGCAAAUGUCUUCCGUUAUAGAAAAACUAUUUGUCAGCAAAACAACACUUCUAAUCAUUAUUUUUUGCACUAACACGUUGGAUAAUAUUUUACUAACGUCAGUUGUACCCAUUAUCCCCGAGGUUCUGAUGAGUAGCGAUAGAAAUGAAGAGAGUACUACAGUCGGAAAUGACAGCAUUAGUCUAGGGACAUUGUCUCACCAUAUGAAUGUGUCACUCAGCUUUACAAAACAAUUACUGCAAGAAUCAUACAAAGCACUGGAUGAGAACAGCCAAGUGGGGUUACUCCUGUCCUCCAAAGCACUUGUUCAGAUUGCAGCAAAUCCUUGUGUAGGAUAUCUGUCAGAAAGAUAUGGAUACAUCAUUCUUCUUGCUGUUGGAACUUUCUUGUUGUUCAUAUCUUCACUUGUUUACGCUUGCGCAGGAAAAUUUAGCUCCUUCCUUGCCGGCCGACUUGUUCAUGGAAUUGCAUCUUCAUUUUCAUCCAUUGCUGGCAUGAGUAUGCUAGCUGAACUUUAUCAGAGUGAUUACGAAAGAAGCAAGGUGAUGGGCGUUGCAAUGGGAGGAGUUGCUCUUGGAGUCGUUGUUGGAUAUCCGUUUGGAGGCUUCCUUUACUCUUUAUGUGGACAAUCGUCGCCAUUCCUUAUUCUGUCCUUGUUCAUCAUCAUCGACUUCGGUUUACAAGGCUGUAUCAUCAAAAGAUCAUAUUGGAUGCCGGUCUCCAGCAAAGCAGCCAAUUCAAUAGUUGAACUCCUGAAAGAUCCUUUGAUACUUAUCACAAGUGGAAUAAUUAUGCUCACCACUAUGGCAAUGUCGACUCUGGAACCAACGAUACCAAUAUGGAUUCUCGAUACCAUGAAAGCACAAAACUGGCAAUUAGGUUUAGUUUUUCUGCCAGACAGUAUUGGCUAUCUGAUUGGUACGAAUGCCUUUGGAGUAGUUGCCAGGAAAGUAGGAAGAUGGAUAUGUUCGAUGUUUUGUAUGAUAUUAGUUGGAUUCUGUCUGAUAUGUAUUCCUUUCUCAACAUCGGUAUCCCAGCUGAUCCUUCCUCACUUUGGCAUUGGGCUUGGCUUGGGUAUCGUGGACGCGGCUUUAAUGCCACAGCUAGCUCUGUUGGUGGAUAUGCGCCACGUGACGUCAUACGGAACUGUUUAUGCUAUUGCCCAGUUGGCUGUCUGUCUUGCCUACGGAUUAGGACCAUUGUUUGGUGGAGAAAUGGUGAAGCUCCUGGGAUUUUCGUCCUUAAUGUGGUCCUUGGGCUGUCUGCUAAUAGUUACAAGUCCUUGUUGUUUUGUUUUACGUUCUGUGAAAGCUAGAGAGGAGUGCAAAUCCUUGAUGCUUGACACGGAGGACGAGGUUCUGAAAAAGAGUUCUUCACCAAAGUACACAAAACUGUAUACAGAUAAUUCGAUUAAUGGGUCUCAUUAA